CCCUCGGACAAUCCUAAGCUUUUCUUUCGUGUAAUUACAUUUUAAUUACAGUAAAAACAUAUUUGAAUGUCAUCAACCGCUUUAUGAUUGAUUCCUCCCAAACAAAGAAUAGACAGUAGGGAGUCUACAUUACCAAAGCUGUUGUUACUUAUUCAGAUAUGUCUCUGGUAAUGGAGGACUAUUCAGAGUUUACACCUAGAAUGGAGGAGCUCGUGGACUCUCUGAUAAAAUGCUUACUUCAGUGGCAAGGAGUACCUUUGAGUUUUACAUUUGAUGACAUAAGAAUAAUCUUGGUAUCACUCGGAUCCUCUCCUGCUUUGAGAGACCUGUGUUUAUCAAAACUGGCAUGGGCUGUGCAGAACGUUGGUUCCUCUCUUAAAGUGGUUGCUAAGGGAGAUUGUGAGUUACAUGGCAAAGUUAUGACCUACCAGAAUGUUUUUCAUGUGCUUCUUGCUCUUGAGGAGAUACUGAGGGGAACUUUUGUGAAGCAGGAGACUUAUUCUGAGACAGUUUCCUCUAUCUAUCACAAUCUUAAUAGUUCACUUAGGCAUGUCUCGAAGGCCUUCCCAGUCUUUGCUCACUUCGUCUGGAGAUUGCUAUUGUUGUUGUCAAGACAUCCCUCUUUUUCAGAGCAAGAGGAACAAAAGUUGCUUUGAGACUUAAGGAAAAACUGAUGGCUAUUUCUACUAAAUUAAAAGUAGAAUCUUGGUGGCGUGGUUCCUUUACCUCUGUUUUCAUUCAACUAUGAAUAAACGUUCAUUUAAGGCGAAGUUUGUUGUUUGUAUUUUCUCUUUAAAUGAGAGUAUGCCGUUGCCCAAAUCCCUAAACUUCUAAAAGGCUUCACAAGUCAGUAACGCUAUCAGUAGCCUUUUAAUUACCUAUUUCCCUUUAAAUUCCGCAUACGCUCUAAGAAUCUUUUUGUUUGCACUGUUCAAAUAACAAACCACACUCUGAUUAGUCUGGGCGGAAUACUUUGACGGAAAAGGCUUUUGGGCUAGGUCUUUAUGAAACAUUAGCGAAACGUUAGUGAUUUGUACAAAGAAGUGUAGGUAAAUAGGUCAAUAUCAGGUAGGGUACUACGAAGUUAAACUGCGUCCUGAUUCUCUUUGGUUUCUGAGUCAUAUCUUUCAAACUAUACAACAUUCUCAAAUCUCCUUAGCUGUAGAGUUGUAGUUUCUAAGUGUCUUGUUCCCAUGCAAAUGAAUAAAUUUAAUUCUAUAGCGUU